UUAGAGCCACACCUCAGACAAUGGCUAUGCAGGUGGGUCCGUCGUCAUCCCCGUCGCAGUCGCAACGGUCGGCCAGUCGACAGUCGGUUACGUUUGGUAUUGUCGAAUGCCAGCCGGACGAAGAUCUCAUUGAAGAAGAUCAAAGGUCGCGAGGCGAACGCACGGAUACGAGAUUUCACAGCAACGAGCAGCGCAUCUCGAUCGCCGCGACAGCCAAGCAAGCGAGUCCGAGCGGAAUCUCACGGAACCCGGUGACAAUGGACAAGUCAAUCGCGGAUGGCGAGGAGAACGACAGCGAGGACGAUUACUCGGCGUCAGUUUGCGCGAUUAUGCAACAACGAAAUUCGGCACGGCGGCAGAGUCGGCGGAAGCGACGUUCGUCGUCCCCAUUCGGCGCCGACAACGUCGACGGCGUCGCGCGCCGUCGAUCCUCGGUCUACACCACGAGCUCCGGCGACACGAUAAUUUCGAUGGAAGAGAGCAGUAAUCAGGAGCAAAUCUUCGAGAAUCUCAAUCUGCACAAGGAGGUUCUGAGCGGUACAAAGCAGCAGCCUUGGCCUCUUCGGCGUAAGAUCAAACUCGUACGGCAAGCUAAAGCUUACAUCAGACGCCACGAAGGUGUUCUGCAGGAAAGACUUGCUCAAAGUCACAGCACCAAAGACGUCAUAGCACGCGUCUCACUUUUCAUGACUAAGAAGUGGCAGUAUUUCCGACGCGAGUUGAUCAAUUUGCAAACGUGGCUAAUACCUUGGGAGGUCCGUAUCAUGGAAAUAGAAUCCCAUUUCGGUUCCGCCGUCGCGUCCUACUUCAUUUUUCUGCGUUGGCUUUUCUGGAUCAAUCUCGUCAUCGCGGCAACCCUUACGGCAUUCGUUGUAAUACCUGAAGUAUUGAUUGCAGACGCGAAACUCGCCGGCGAGAGGAAGGCCAUGCUGGAUGAAGAGAAAGUCAAGUCGAAGGACCUGUUAACUUUGUGGGAAUUCGAGGGCGUGCUAAAAUACUCCCCGUUUUUUUACGGGUGGUAUACCAAUAAGGCCUCGAACAGCAAUUACAAAUUACCUCUGGCGUACUUUGUCACCAAUCUGGUCGUGUACACGUACAGCUUCGUCGCAAUUCUGCGCAAAAUGGCGGAAAAUUCACGUUUGAGUAAAUUGAUCGAAAAGGAGGACGAAUACAUUUUUUCAUGGAAACUCUUCACGGGAUGGGACUUUAUGAUCGGUAAUCCGGAAACUGCACAUAAUCGCACAGCCAGCAUCAUGCUGGGUUUCAAAGAGGCGUUACUGGAAGAAGCGGAGAAGCAAAAGGACGAGAGAAAUUGGAGAAUCAUCGCGAUGAGGAUAUUUGUGAACGUGGCGGUGCUGUCGUUACUCGCACUGUCGGCAUUUGCCGUGAUCCAGGUGGUUGAACGAAGCAAAACGGAGUCGCAAAGUUGGUGGCGGCAGAACGAGAUCACGAUUGUGAUGUCUUUGAUCUCGUACCUCUUUCCGAUACUCUUCGAGAUCCUCGGCUUGCUCGAGAGCUACCACCCCAGGAAACAGCUCCGAAUACAACUGGCGCGGAUAAUGAUCUUAAACCUGCUGAAUCUCUACUCGCUAAUAUUCGCACUAUUCCGUAAGAUAAGCUUCAUGAAACAUGAUCUCAAGCCGACAUGUGAAUAUAAAUUGAUACCAUGUGGCGACGAGCUGCAGACGCGUACGAGACGGAUUGCGACGUUGGCAUCUUUGAGUCUUAUUUUAAUAAGCAAUGACUCGCAUUCUUAUGCUGAUAAUAAGAAGGAAAUAUCGUCAAGUAUGAUCUAUUUAAAUCGAAAUACUUCCGACCGUUCUACUUUGUUCGAAAGCGAAACCACGACGUCAACAACGAUCGAGUCAGACACAAUGGAAGAUUCAUCAAAAAUCAACGAUUUUAAUUUUACCGAAGAAGCAAUAAUUUCUUCGUCGUCUUCAGACAGCGAGACGUCAUCUGUUAGGAAAUUUAACGUCACAUCUACAAUAGCCGAAACCACACCAAUUACAACGUAUAUCUCAGAAAAUAGCUCUACUUUACAAUCAAAACGUGUAAUUCCUCUCUCAAAAGGCAAUGAGGUCAGAUGCUAUGAAAAGAGUAAUUGCACUGCUACACCGCCGAAGGAAUUAAGUAUAAAAGAUCGCAGAAAACUGCGUCGAUCAUGCUGGGAAACUAUGUUCGGACAAGAGCUCGCCAAGCUCACUGUCAUGGAUUUGAUACUUACCAUAUUAGCUACUCUCAGCAUGGAUUUCUUCCGCGCCGUUUUCGUACGUUUUAUGAACAACUGCUGGUGCUGGGAUCUGGAGAAACAAUUUCCACAAUACGGUGACUUCAAGAUAGCAGAAAACAUCCUCCAUUUAGUGAACAAUCAAGGCAUGGUUUGGAUGGGAAUGUUUUUCAGUCCCGGUUUAACGGCACUGAAUCUCUUCAAGCUCGGCGUUCUGAUGUAUUUACGUUCUUGGGCGGUUCUCACGUGCAACGUACCCCACGAGGUGGUCUUCAGAGCCUCCAGGUCUAACAAUUUCUACUUCGCACUGUUACUGACUAUGCUAUUUUUGUGCGUGCUGCCGGUCGGUUACGCUAUAGUCUGGGUCGAGCCUUCUUGGUUCUGCGGCCCAUUUUCUGAUUAUCCAAAGAUUUAUAAUUUAGCGACGCAAAGCUUGAUAAAUCCGCUUCCGAAGCUGAUUCAACGAUGUCUCGAUUAUGUCGCAUCGCCUGGUAUAGUGAUACCAUUGAUUGUUCUCAUGACGUUGAUUAUUUAUUACAUGGCAUCUCUCGCUGGAUCUUUACGAGAAGCGAAUAACGAUCUAAAGAUACAGCUACAACGCGAGCGUACUGAAGAACGUCGAAAAUUGUUCAAAAUAGCGGAGAAGAGGCAUACCAUGGCCGAGACUCCGUUGUCGAGAUGGAAAAAGAUUCUGCCGGCGUUGCCACAAACUAGACUAUCUCAAAAUUCCGAAACAGUUCAAAAAGAUAACGUACAGAUCACGAUUGGGAAUGUGAAUACAGUUGUAGAUACAGUUGUGGAGAAACGACUGACGAACGACAUCGAAGAAGAUUCACGGCAGAAUCAGGUAUUGUCCAAUCAUGACAACGAGCAACGAGCUGAAGAACAGGACGAUUUAAUAUUAAAUGAUACAUCUUCCAACAGAAGCAGGCCGAUAAGCGUCGUCGGAUGUUCUUGGGACUCGCCGUCAAGCGGGCGAAGUGUUAUCUUACCGGAAAUCCAAGUAAACGACGAAGAAAAUAUAUCCGACGUUUACGGAAAUGUAGAAUUGGGUGACUUGCCUGAAGACGAUCAUGAAGUAACGUAACGAAUCGAGUGUAAUAAAUAAGAAAUUAUUUAAAAAAAUAAUAUAUAAUUAGUAGUUUUCAUGAUCCAUUCAAUUUCGCAAGAAUCUGAGUGAGAAUAUCAAAAUAUUCAUUUUUUACUAGUCUGUAAAAAAAUAUGCACUAAAAGUCUCCAUAGAAUUCUUUUUAAAAUAUUAUAAAUUGAAAUUAUAGAUUAGUGUAUCUAAUAAUCAUUCCUUAAACGUGGAAGCGCGCGCUUUCUAUUCAUAUUGCGCUUACCAUUACGAUUGUAGAUUUUCUGAAAUAUAAAAUUCGUAGACUUUCUGAUUA